ACGCAGGAUGCUGUGUUUCGAAAGACGCUGUAUUCCAACACCACCAUCCUCAUGAAGUUCCAGGGUGACAUAGGGUCAUGUGAUAGAAACCUGGCCUUUAACAUCAGCUGGUACCUGCGCUCCUCUGUUUGCUACAAUGAGGUCUUUAACACACCAGACAACAAAGCGAUGAACAUGUUCGGUAUGGACCACAUGUUGAAAGACGGCUGGAGCGGCUUCUACAGUCAGGGCUACAUGUACUUCGACAACUGCUCCUCCCUCUUCUUACCAAAGGUGUAUUAUGCAGACUUCAACCCAUAUCAGCCCCUCACCAGCCCAAAGAGUGACCCAUCGAAUCAGAGCCUUAUUUGGCCUGACAAGCCGGAUAUCAGUGCAGUGGCCAAAGCUUGGGAGGACAGUCCAUAUCUGUUCAUAGUGAAGGUGCAGCCUUUGUUCCGCGGAGUUGAGGAUGAAGAUAUCGGAGCAGAACAGCUCAACUUUGCUUUCACAAUGAAAGUUGAGAUGAAAGGACCACAUGACUAUUCUUCUCCAGCAGACUGGCCCCUGAUGAUGUUCUUCAUGAUCAUGUGCAUUGUGUAUGUGCUGUUCGGGGCUCUCUGGCUCUUCUGGUGCGCCUGCUAUUGGAGGGACCUGCUGCGGAUCCAGUUCUGGAUUGGCGCUGUCAUCAUCCUCGGCAUGCUUGAAAAAGCUGUGUUUUACUCAGAAUACCAGAGCAUCCGUUACAAAGGAGACUACGUUCAAGGUGCUGUAAUAUUUGCUGAGCUGCUCUCUGCGCUCAAAAGAUCUCUAGCCCGAAUCCUGGUCCUCAUUGUCAGUCUUGGCUAUGGCAUAGUCAAGCCCAGGUUGGGUACCACAGUGCACCAGCUGGUAGCUGUUGGGCUUCUCUACCUGCUCUUCUCCUCUGUGGAAGGUGUGCUAAGAGUGACAGGUGGUUUCUAUGGGACGGUUGCCCUGGUGGCUAAUCUCAGCCUCUCCCUUAUUGACUCCUGUGUCAUGUGGUGGAUUUUCAUCAGUCUGUCUCAAACCACUCGUCUCCUGAAGCUCCGCAGAAACGUAGUGAAACUCUCUUUGUAUCAGCACUUCACCAACACUCUCAUCUUCUCUGUUGUCGCCUCCAUCAUAUUCAUCAUCUGGACCACCAAGGUCUUCAAGCUGGUCGACUGCCAGACGGGUUGGAGGGACUUGUGGGUAGACGAUGCCUUCUGGCGUCUCCUGUUCUCCACCAUUCUGCUGGUGAUCAUGGUGCUGCUGCGGCCCUCUGCCAACAGCCAGAGGUUCUCCCAUUCUCCUCUGAUUGAUGACGAUGAUGAAGAGGAGGAGGCCAAGGAGCCCAUGCUGAAUGAAGCUUUUGAAGGAAUGAAGAUGAGAGGCUCAAAGCCUGACUCUAAUGGGUCCCAGAAACUGUUGAGUAAAGAGGAUGAAGACCUAAAAUGGGUCGAGGAGAACAUUCCUACAACUGUAGCUGAUGUAGCUCUCCCUGUUAUGCUAGAUGAAGAAGAGGAAAUCCUGAAAAACAAGAUGGAGCGAUCCAAAAUGGAGUAGAAGUAAAUGCGAUGGGGUGAUGUGAGAAUGAAAAGAAGGCAAUUUCACUGAGGCAGCAAUGAAUGCGUCCUGAGUGAUCGGAUUACCAAAAAAUGUGGGCGAAGCCAACUGUUCUCUCCAGACACUUUACUUUUUUAGUUUUAUUUCACAGGUAUUGUGUAACUCUACGAUAAGCUCAAAGAAGCAUGAAUAGUGUGUUUAUAUUAAGUGACUGUGCCACUCGUGGUUGGAAGGGUUGGCUGUUGAUGUCAAGAUCGGCAUUGUGGGAGGGGGUGAAAUUGAAGCAACUGAGCACUUUGAUGAAUGUUUUAUUUGUUUCAAAGAUGUUUCUUCUCAAAUACCGCCCAAAUCAAGCAGAAAGUGGGCAUUUUUACACAACGCCCUUGUGAAAAAUAGAAUAUUUAUCAAAAUCCUGUCCUGGGGUUUUAGACUAAUACAAUAUUUAAGGAGGCGUGUGGUUUUUCUUGAGCACUGGGGAUGCAAGAUGAAAAGAUUUCACUGCCCGCUUCAAAUUGCAGAAGUUCCCACGGCGCCAAAUUGGUUAAAUUUGAAGGCCUGUGAGGACUGAUUUCUAAUGAUUGAAGUACAAAUCAUAAUGCUUGGCGAUUGUCUGAGCCAAGAAAUCAGAUGAUGGUACGAAUGGAGGGGAAAACACAUGCUGAAAACACCCAAGUUAUUGUGCAUAAUGAGGUUAUAUUUAACACAGUGAUGGACACUUCAGAGGUGUGCUGUGCUAUAAAAUACAGAUAAAAAAAAAAGUGUUUUCAGCAUGUGUUUUAUUGCGUUAAAUAUUUAAUGGGUCACAUAAUGAAAUAUAUUAAAUAAUAUUGAAAUGAGCAAAUAUAUGGUAUGAUUAACCAUUUAGCCAGAUAACUAAAAAACAAUGUUUCAAUGCUUUUAUCUAACCAGUAAAGAUUCCAUGAGCUCAUUUCUUGUAGCUGCACCAAUAAGUUAUAUAUAUGUCUUAUUGUUAAUACAUAACUAACACUUUGUUGUCUGGCUAAUUGAGUAAUCCUGAGAAUAGAAAUAAAUAAGCUACUGUUACUCUGUAAACACGGCUGCAUCAGUGAAUAUUGAUACUUGAAGCAUAUCACAUUUGUCAGGGUACAACGUGCUACAUCUGUUGUUUUUGGGGAUUCUUGUGUUUUCUGGGCUGAGAGGAUGUAAUGACCCUCUUGGUCAUGAAGGCGUUAAACCGGAUCACUUCUCUGAGAUGUCAUCUUUACACAGAACAGUUCAACCAGAUAAAAAUGCGUCUCUAAUAUUGGUGAUUUUUAAGCUUCUCACAAACGAAAGACUCAGCGAGCGGGGAAAAUGUACGACACUCGUACUAAAACAUUUUCCAGACCCGUUUUUAAGCAGGAGUCAUGAGUCUAAAAUUAAGGAUGUUUAUUAUGAGCACUAGAAAGCUUUUCACUUAACAGGAAUGAUUUAGGUCCACUUCAUGUUGUUGUCACCGAAGUGAAAACCUUUUUAUUAUUUUGUUAGCUACUGAAUCUCAGAAUCCAUUUAAAAGCCUCACGGAGGUGGUGUGGUUUACUGUAUGUAUGUAAUCGUAUCUCACUCCCUCCACUAAUUAGGCCAGAGUUUUAUUAGUAUUUAUUAAAGUGUUAUUUUAAGGUCCUCACCCAAAUUCAGUAGCACAGGAUAGUUUUAAAAAAAAUGUAUACGCUAAAUUUCAUUUCACUUCAAUAAGAGAUUCCUUUGGGGCUAUCCCAUUCACACUGCUAAAUAAUGUCACUUUAUCUGGCAGAAUUAUAUCCCCGUCCUUAUGCAAUCUACUGCAGUAUGUGUGGAUAUUCUAAAUUUCUUUAUUUAUGUUUUUUUUUUAUAUUUAUCCGAGUUGUUGAGGAUAUUUCAUUUUAGAGAUACACUAAAGCCCAAUUUCUGGAUGUGAGUCUGCAUUGUCAUGUGAAGCUGAUGAUAUUGUAUGGCUUUUUGCGUAUGUCCUGCAAAUAAAAUUUUUAUUAAAACAUGG